CUGCAGCUGUACGUCAGUGUGUCCGGGCAGAAGUGCUCAGUGUCGCCCUCAAACCUUCAAAACAACUGCGGCUGUUACCGUACGGUCCGCCCGCUACGAACGACGCGGUGAGCGGACAGAACGGGGACGGAGACUCUGCCAGCGGCGGACACGGCGGGAAAAAUACCCCCCCCCCCCCCCGCCCGCAGGACUGACUCUGACCAAUCGUAGGGUUGUGGUUCUGUUUCCUGUUUGGGGGCGGGGCUCACACUUGAAGGACUGUGAAAUGUGAAGUUAAGGGAUCAGUGGAGCUGUCACUCAAACCAGGACCACACCCACUAACCGAUCAGCAAACAGUCUGGAGGACCAUCAUGCACCUGGCGUCUUAUCCAAAAUUUGUGCGCUCAGAGCUGUGUUUGGACGUGUCCAGUGUUCAGACGCAGUCCCAGCGCAGCAGUCUCUUUGUGAGCCACCAGGGGGCGUUGCUGAAGACCUGUAGCGGUAACUAUGGCAACAGCAGCAGCUGCCUCCCAUUCAGCGUCAUCGCCACCAACACGCUUUGUGGCGACAGUGCGGCAUCCCUGAGGCUGAAACCGUCUCGCAGCUCCUGCCUACAAUUCCUCCUGCAGCCACCAGGCUGUGAGAAUGAUGCACUCUGUCCAACGUCCACUGAAGACACGGAUGUCCCCCUGGACAUCUGGACCGUCAUCAAGCCUGGACACGUGCGCGAGAAGAUCGCCAUCUUUGCAUCAGAGGGACAGACUGGGAGAAAGACUGGCGACUGGGACAGACCGCCGUCUGGACCGCCGUCUGGACCGCCGUCUGGACCGCCGUCUGGACCGCCGUCUGGACCACCGCGCGCCGUGAAGGCGAAGGGCAGCUGGGAGGAGAACGGUUGCGCCAAACGCCGCCGCAGGUCUGGAAGCAACCACAACCUCCAACAGCUUAGGGUUAGGGUCCACAGUCCUUCACCACCGCGUGUGGACACAAGUCAGAGGUCAGCAGUCAGGGGGCGUGAAGGUGAGGCGGUGAUGGAGGAGGAGGAGGAGCCAAAGGUGUCAGUGGUGGAGAUGGUGGCGUUCCUGGAGCAGAGGGCGAGCGAGCAGCAGAUGGACUGUAAACCUGCUGUCGCUCUCCGGAGAAGCUGCGCCUCCAUCACGCUCUCCAGAGCUCCGCCCCCUGAGGUCAGGGAGGUGUCGGAAGCCAAGGGGGAAGAGCCGGAGAGCUUCAGGGUUUCGGACAUGGUGGCGAAGCUGGAGUGGGAGUGUCUGAGGAGGCGGUCUGAGGGAGGCGUGUCCAGGAGCAGCAGCCUGAGGACGGUCGGACGAGUCCUCCUUGCUGCUGGAGACCAGAGCCCCGCCCCCUCCCACCCUACGUCGUCUCUGACAUCAGCAAACUCUUCGUCGUCGCAGCCAACACCUGCCAGCCCUGACCACGCCCCCUCUUCUUACCUGCCCACUCCCCACACUCCUCCCUCAGGUGAGGUAGGGGGGCGGAGCUGUGAGGAGAUGGAGAAGCAGCCAGAGGGGGCGGAGCCUCUGCCUGGCCUGCUUUUUUUAUCUGUGGACUCUGAGCCCUGCCCCCCUCAGCACAGAGUCACCUUAGAGCCCCGCCCUGAAUCUGACAUGGACUCAGAGAGGAGUGUGAGGAGGAAAGUGGGCGGGGCGUCGCCGGACUUCCUGCUGCUGCGUCAGCGCGUGCAGCAGCUGCUGGAGCCUCAGCCGCUGCUCGCCGUGUUACCUCAUCACCUGCUGCUGCACGUGCUGCUGCUGCUACCCACGCGCAGCCUCGCCGCGCUCAAGUGCACCUGCCGCUACUUCAGGUUCGUCAUCGACAACUACGGCGUGCGGCCCGCCGACUCGCUCUGGGUGUCCGACCCCCGUUACCGCGACGACCCCUGCAAGCAGUGCAAGAGGCGCUAUGGGCGCGGCGACGUGUCGCUGUGUCGCUGGCACCACAAACCGUUCUGUCAGGCGCCGCCCUACGGACCCGGGUACUGGAUGUGCUGCCACGGCAACCGCAGGGACACGCCCGGCUGCAACGUGGGUCUCCAUGACAACCGCUGGGUUCCUGCCUUCCACAGCAUUAAUGUGCCAAUUUGUAGGCGGAGCCAUAAUGAUGACUGACUGUGUGUGUGCGUGCACGUGCGUGUGAGAGAGAGAGAUUGGGUUUUGUUUCAGAUGAAUGACAUCAUCGAUCAGAGUGGCAGUGUUAGCGCCACCUGCUGGUCAACCUCAGUAACAGAGCAGGAGGAUCCCGACCAGGACUCCUCCUCCUGACAGUUCACCUGACUCCUCCCCCUCUGACUCUGUCAGGUCAGAGAUGUCACCUGACUCCUCCUCUGACUCCUCCCCCUCUGACUGUGGCUCAGGGGGACGCUUUGUCUUGAUCGAUCUCAGAUCAGAGAGUGAGGGGGCGGAGUCUGUGUGUUUCUGAGAUGAUGCUGAUCAUCAUGCUGAUGAUGAUUAAAAAGAGUUUUUAAUGUUUUUUGUUGUUUUUUUCCUCUGUCAAAUAUUUUGACUUUAAUAAAGUUUUUUUUCAUGUUUUUGUUUGA